AUGGCAGAGGUUGUGCUACACGGUAACCUCUCAAUCGACACUUUCGAUCCUGCAGCCACAGAGUGGAAACGAUGGUUGCAGCGAUUUCUGGCAGCCAUUAAGAUUUUCAAGGUCCCGGCCGAACAACAAGUGUUGUAUCUAUUACAUUACAUCGGUUCAACGGCGUUUGAUGUUAUUUGUAGUAAAACAGCGCCGGCAGAUCCCUACACCAUUCCAUUCGACGAGCUGGUUGUAAGCCUAGGAGAAUUCUACGCUCCAGAACCACUAGAAAUAGCUGAGAAUUUCCGUUUUCAUCAGAGAAAACAAAAGGAGGGAGAAUCUCUGAAGGACUUCGUUGCGGCAUUACAUAAACUAAGCAUCCAUUGUAAUUUUGGACCCUAUUUGAAAACGGCGUUGAGGAAUCAAUUGGUGUUCGGAUUAUCCAGUCUACGGACUCAGUCGCGGUUACUCGAGACCAAGGACCUGAACUUUGAGAAAGCUGUGCAAGUGGCCACGACAAUGGAACUUUCAGAAAAGGAUUCCCGGCAAUUACAGACCGGGACGGCCGUCGUGGAAUACGUUGGUACGAAGAACAACAAAUCAGAAUACAAGGGAUCACGGAAGAAGAAGCCGAUUCCAGAAAAGCCGAACAAGGAGAAGAAUCGUACAAAUGUCGGUAAAACUAAUAAUGUAAACUCGAGUACACUUACAAAUACUAACAUAGCUUGUUUUAGAUGCGGCGGAAAUCAUUUAGCCAAUAAAUGUACACUCGACAGAAAUGUUAAAUGUAACUCUUGCGGCACGUCAGGGCAUUUGCGUAAGGUCUGCAUGAGAGCCAAGCGGGCGUCGGCUAACCAGAUCGAGGAGGCCUUAACUAUAGAACACUGGAACCACCGAGAUAAGUUUUUCAAAACACUCGUAGUCGAUGGAAAAACGUUACGAUUCGAGAUCGAUAGCGGGGCGGCGGUUUCCAUUGUAAGUAUUAGCACGGCUAAACGUUUCUUCACGGGACAACCGUUACAACCGACGAGCCUACAGCUAGUCGCGUUUUGCAAAACAUCAAUCGAAGUAAUCGGGAUGUUGUCGGUUUCCGUUGCGUGGCGUGGUGGCAUUUAUAAAUUGAACUUGUACGUUUCUAAAAUUGAACGCGAACCGUUAUUAGGUCGCGAGUGGAUACGGCAAUUAAAAUUAUUUCAAUUGACAAAUUCAAUAAAUACAGUUUCAAACAUACAAAACAAUACACAAGUUAAAGUUUCAAAUAUGUUACAACAUUACAAAGAAAAAUUAGAUAUCGGUUCUACAAAGAUAAAAGGCCUACAGGUCAGUUUAGCAUUAAAAGAUAAUGUCAAACCCGUAUUCCUAAAAGCAAGAACGGUACCAUUUAAACUGUUGCCCUUGGUGGAACAGGAAUUGCAAACGCUUGUAAAAGACGGAAUACUUGAGAAAGUAAACACUUCGCGUUGGGCUACACCCAUUGUUCCGGUUCUAAAAAAAAAUAACAGAGUACGUCUCUGCGGAGAUUUCAGUGUCACUCUAAAUCCGAAUCUCGUGGUGGAUGAACAUCCACUUCCAACGAUCGAUGAGUUAUUCGCGUCGAUGGCAGGAGGUACGAAAUUUACGAAAAUCGACCUACAACAAGCUUAUUUACAGUUAGAGAUACGCGAAGAAAAUCGCGAGUUAUUAACCCUAAGUACACAUAAGGGAUUAUUCUGUAGUACAAGAUUAAUGUACGGAAUCGCGUCAGCGCCAGCGAUCUGGCAACGGGAGAUAGAAAAUAUCCUACAGGAUAUACCGGGGUUGUCAGUUUUUCUAGACGACAUCAAAAUUACGGGACCGGAUGAUGAAACUUAUUUGCACCGUCUUGAGCAAGUAUUGUCACGAUUAGCUGAUAGAAACAUACACAUUAACAAAGAAAAGAGUGAGUUUUUCAAGGAUAAUAUUGAUUACUGCGGAUACAAGAUUGAUAAGCACGGCAUACAUAAAACCGUCGAAAAGAUGCAGGCAAUUGAGCGAAUGCCACGCCCGCGCAGCGUAGACGAGCUACGUUCUUUUUUAGGAAUGAUAAACUACUACGGUAGGUUUAUUAACAAUUUAAGUACGAUUCUUGCACCGUUACACAUAUUAUUACAAAAAGACGUUGCAUACAAAUGGACGCAAAAUUGUGAACGUGCUUUCCAAUUAGCAAAAAAAGAAUUUCAAAAUGACACCGUGCUAGUACAUUACGAUCCGAAGCUGCCACUAAUCAUAGCGACUGACGCGAGCUCUUAUGGCGUGGGGGCCGUGUUGUCUCAUCAGUACCCCGACGGUACUGAGCGUGUAUUACAGUACGCGUCGCAAACCUUAACAAGUACACAGCGAAAGUAUGCGCAGAUAGACAGGGAAGCUUACGCGAUUAUCUUUGGAAUCAAAAAAUUCAAUCAAUAUUUAUACGGACGUAAGUUUAUACUUAUUACAGAUCAUCGUCCGUUAGUACAAAUCUUUUCACCUUCGAAAGCAUUACCAACUUACACAGCAUUACGAAUGCAACAUUACGCAAUUUUUUUACAAGGAUACACCUUUGAAAUUAAGUACAAAAAUACUAAACUACAUUGUAAUGCUGACUGUCUAUCUCGCUUGCCUGUCGCACUAACAGCCACCGCGGAACGCGACGUUGUCGAUGUUCACGAAAUCGGAAUUGUUCAAAGCAUGCCGGUAACCAUAGAACAAUUAGCACAUGCAACAUUAAAAGAUACACAAUUACAAGAUUUGAUUAAAGCGUUACGCGGAAAGAAGGAAAUACCCGCUAAAUUACGAUUCAAUAUAAAUCAAAUAGCUUUUAGUAUACAACGCGAGAUACUAUUAUGUAACGGAAAAGUCGUAAUUCCCGUAUCAUUACGAAUGCGUUUCUUACGCGAUUUGCACAGAAGUCAUUUCGGGGUAGCAAAAAUGAAAGCGUUGGCGAGGAGCCUAUAUUGGGGGCCAGGCGUGGAUAAAGCCGUUGAGGAAAUGGCAAGAAAUUGCAACAUUUGUAACUCGUUACGUAACAAUCCACCAAAGGUUGAGGUUCACGAAUGGGAACCCGCAGAAGGUCCUUUCGACAGAAUACACAUAGAUUACGCAGGUCCAUUCAUGAAUGCCAACUUCUUUAUUUUAAUAGAUUCAUUUUCAAAGUUUCCAUUUGUUCGCAUUGUCAAAGAUAUUACGGCGAAAAGUACAAUUGACGAAUGUAAGAAAAUUUUCUCGGAAUUUGGAACUUCUAAAACUAUAGUGAUGGACAAUGGUCGUAGUUUUCGUAGUACAGAGUUUACACAAUUUCUUAAAGUAAAUGGAAUUACGCCAAAGUAUACUGCUCCAUAUCACCCGUCUACAAACGGGCAAGCGGAAAGAUUCAUACAAACGAUGAAAAAUUCAUUGCGAAAAAUACUAGCAGAUCCUGUAAAUAAAAAUUUGAAACUGGAAGAUGCAUUACAAUUGUUCUUAACACAGUAUAGAGUUACAUCACAUUGUACUACAGGAGCUAUUCCGUCCGAGAGAAUGUUCGGUAGGCAAAUAUACACGUAUUAUACUGUAUGCGUACCAAAUAAAAAAAAAAAACUCGCAAGUACAAACUCAGAUAAAAAAAUUCGCGAAUUUGCGGUGGGGGAAAGUGUGCAAUGCCGGAACUACGGCGGAGUCGUCAAAUGGAAGCACGGCAAGAUCACCCAUCGCCUGGGAAAGCUACACUACAGGAUAGCUCUAGAUGAUGGCCGAAUAUGGGAGCGGCAUGUUGACCAGAUCCUUCGAUCUGGAGAAUAUUGGAGUCAUCCGGAGGAACCACAAGACGAAGUGGACCCGAAUAUACCUGAAGCUUACGAAGGCGCAGACUUACCACAAGAUAACGCGGAAGAAAACCAAAGAGUACAGCCGGAGCUAGGAGAAGCCCGACAACCACAAGUGGAAGUACCAGCCCGGAUUCCAGCAGGAUCAAGAGAGCGCCCUGUACGCAAUAGAAGACCUCCAGUGAGAUAUACGGAUCUCACAUGGACCCGGAAGUAA